UGCUGCUACCUCCCUAAGUGGUGAUGUCACCGGCUCAUUCGGCUCAGCAUCCUCACCACAGGCAGAGACAACAGAGCCAUUUUGGCUUUCCGGCUGGUGGAAUGCGCAGGGAGUUCUGUUUGAUAUCCAGAUCCGCUCCGGGGCAGGGCUGAGAAGGGCAUCUGUCUACUAAGAUUCCGGUCGGAGCCGUUUCCCGGGUCUUCCAGCUCGGAGGAGGGGAGCGCGGCAGCGACUGAGGCGGAGACAAGACUAGGAGGACCGGGAGCAGACAGGGGAGCUAGCGGGCUCUAAACAGGUGAGGGCGUGGUUUGGCCCAGGUGUGAGAGGGGCAGAGGGGAGCGAGGAAGGCUUUAGGAUGGCGGGGGCGUCGGUCAAGGUGGCGGUGAGGGUUCGACCCUUCAACUCCAGAGAGAUGGCCAAGGACAGCAGGUGCAUCAUCCAGAUGUCCGGGAACACAACCACCAUCAUCAACCCCAAGCAACCCAAAGAGAACAAGAGCUUCAACUUUGAUUACUCCUACUGGUCACACACCACGCCGGAGGACCCAGACUACGCCUCCCAGCUGCAGGUGUACCAGGACAUCGGGGUGGAGAUGCUGCAGCACGCCUUCCAGGGCUACAACGUCUGCAUCUUCGCCUACGGCCAGACGGGGGCAGGCAAGAGCUACACCAUGAUGGGACGCCAGGAGAAGGAUCAGGAAGGCAUCAUCCCUCUGUUGUGUGAAGAUCUGUUCACCAAGAUCAACGGCUGCAACACUGACAACAACUUGUCUUACUCUGUAGAGGUGAGCUACAUGGAGAUCUACUGUGAGCGCGUGCGUGACCUCCUGAAUCCCAAGAACAAGGGGAACCUGCGUGUGCGAGAGCACCCCCUGCUGGGGCCCUACGUGGAGGACCUGUCUAAGCUGGCUGUCACCUCCUACAACGACAUCCAGGACCUCAUGGACUCUGGCAACAAGAGAGAGCUGCUGGACAAGCAGGGCAUCGACAUGAAGCAGGAGAUGGACCAGAGGCUGCAGGAGCUGGAGGAUCAGUACCGCAGGGAGAGAGAGGAGGCCAACAACCUGCUGGAGCAGCAGAGGCUGGAUUAUGAGAGCAAGCUGGAAGCUCUUCAGAAGCAGGUGGACCGCUGUAACCCUGACGCUGCGGAGGAAGAGGAGGAGCCUGAGGAGGAAGUCCCGUGGACAGAGAGAGAGAGGGAGAUGGCCCUGUGGGGCUUCCGUAAGUGGCGCUGCUACCAGUUCACCUCCCUGAGAGACCUGCUAUGGGGAAACGCCAUCUUCCUGAAGGAAGCCAACGCCAUCAGCGUGGAGCUCAAGAAAAAGGUCCAGUUCCAGUUUGUGCUGCUGACGGACACCCUGUACUCCCCCCUGCCCCCCGACCUGCUUCCCUCGGAGGCGUCCAAGGACAGGGAGCAGAGCCCCUUCCCUCGCACUGUGGUGGCUGUGGAGGUGCAGGACCUGAAGAAUGGAGCCACACACUACUGGACCCUGGGGAAGCUGAGGCAGAGGCUGGAUCUGAUGAGGGACAUGUAUGACCGGGCUGCAGACAUGCCCAGCUCCACCAUCGAGGACUGUGAGAACGUCAUGACCGGAGGAGACCCCUUCUACGACCGCUUCCCUUGGUUCCGGCUGGUUGGCAGCAACCCCAUUUUCAACACGUGCAUGAGCGAGCGCAUGAGCGACCCCACCCCCUCCCCCCCCCUCUCCACCUCCGAAAUUACCGAGCUUGCUGACUCGCGGCGAGGGGGAGAGGAGGAGGAGGAGCUGGCGGAGUUGGAGGACCUGGACGAUGAUAUCUUUGUGGACGACUCGUGCUCGGAGCUGGGGGGAGAGGAGGAGGAGGAGGAGGAGGAGGAGGAGGAGGAGAGAGGGGUCUGCCAAGGCGCCAGUGAAGGCCAGGACCCUUUUUACGACCGCUCCCCCAUAUUCAGUGUAGUGGGAAGAUCCUUCGUGUACCUCAGUAACCUGCUGUACCCCGUGCCCCUGGUGCACCGCGUAGCUGUCGUGAGUGAGAAGGGGGAGGUGAAGGGCUUCCUCAGGGUGGCAGUCCAGGCCAUCUCAGCGGACGAGGAGGCUCCAGAUUACGGCUCCGGCGUCCGGCAGUCCGGCACCGCCAAGAUCUCCUUUGAGGACCAGCAGUUCCAGCAGUUCCAGGAGUCGAGCCCUGUGGUCGUGUCCCGGGCCGCCCCGCCCCAGGAGGAGCUGAGGAUUGUGGAGGGGGAGGGCCAGAGCGCAGAGGGCCAGAGAGCAGAGUCCGGCCCCUCAGCGGAUGAGGUCAACAACAACACGUCCAGUGCUGAUGAGGUCGAGAGCCCCCUGAAGGCAGGUGUGGAGGGCUCUGUGGACGGAGCGCUGGAGCACCUGAGGAUCGGGACCGUGUUCACCUUCAGAGUCACCAUCCUGCAGGCCUCCAGCAUCUCUGCUGAGUACGCAGACAUCUUCUGCCAGUUCAACUUCAUCCACAGGCAUGACGAGGCGUUCUCCACAGAACCCCUGAAGAACACGGGCCGUGGACCUCCUCUGGGGUUCUACCACGUUCAGAACAUUGCUGUUGAAGUCACCAAGUCGUUUGUGGAGUACAUCAAGACCCAGCCCAUCGUGUUCGAGGUGUUCGGUCACUACCAGAAGCAGCCCUUCACUCCGCUCUGCAAAGACCUAAUGAGCCCUCUGCGCCCCUGCAGAAGACAAUUCCCUCGAGUCAUGCCCCUGUCCAAGCCAGCAGCGGACUCAGACACACCCCCCGACCGGGAGAAAUCGCUGGAACUGAUUCGCUACCUGGUCCCGGAGGUGUUCAAUGGGACGCUAGUGGACUCUCUCUCAGGCCAUGCCCUCUCUGCUGCCGGCCUGGCCGCCUCCUUCCUCCUGGAGGGGGAGGAGCCAGCCAGCCUCCCAGCUCCGCCCAUCUCUAUCAGUUCUGUUAUUAGAGCCCAGAAGCCUGGUUGGUUCACGCGGUCGACCAAACACAAGACCUUUCCUGCCACCAAGCUCACAGCGAUGACGCGCCCCUCUGCGGGGCCGUGCCACUGCAAGUACGACCUCAUGGUUCUGUUUGAGAUCUGUGAGCUGGAGGCCAAUGGAGACUACAUCCCAGCGGCAGUGGACCACAGAGGAGGAAUGCCGUGUCACGGUACUUUCAUGCUACACCAGGGUAUCCAGAGAAGAGUCACUGUGACCAUCGUGCAUGAGACAGGUGGUGACAUCCAGUGGAAGGAUGUGAGCGAGCUGGUUGUUGGGCGUCUCCGCAAUACUCCUGAGGCAGAUGAGACGAUCCUCGACCCCAACAUCCUGUCCCUCAACAUCCUGUCUGCAGGAUACGUCAGGCCCACUCAGGAUGACAGACAGUUUCUUGAUUCGGACAUGCCUAGGACGUUCUAUCGUUUCGAGGCAGCCUGGGACAGCUCCAUGCACAACUCCCUGCUGCUGAACCGUGUCACCCCUUACGGAGAGAAGAUCUACAUGACCCUGUCUGCCUACCUGGAGAUGGAGAACUGCACUCAGCCCACCGUCAUAACCAAAGACUUCUGCAUGGUGUUCUACUCCCGCGACGCCAAGCUUCCCGCCUCGCGCUCCCUUAGGAACCUGUUUGGAUCUGGGAGCCUGCGGGCCGUGGAGGGGAGCCGCGUGACUGGCGUGUACGAGGUCAGCUUGUGUCACCUGGCGGACGCAGGAAGUCCAGGCAUGCAGCGGCGGCGGCGGCGGGUGCUGGACACCUCGGUGGCGUACGUCCGCGGGGAGGAGAACCUGGCGGGCUGGAGGCCGCGGAGUGACAGCCUCAUCCUGGAUCACCAGUGGGAGCUGGAGAAGCUCAGCCUGCUGCAGGAGGUGGAGAAGACCCGCCACUACCUGCUGCUGAGGGAGAAGCUAGACUCCACCCUCCUGCUGGGCCAGGACUCCCUGCUGGGCAUCAGUGAGGAGGCUAGCCCCCAGCCUUCCGACCCCGGCCUCGACCCCGGAGACGACCUCCACAGUGAGAGGCAGAGGGAGCUAGCCACCAAGUGUCUGAGGCUGCUCAGUCACUCCUUCAACAGAGACUACAGCCACGUAUGUGUCAGUGCCAGCGAGAGCAAGCUCUCUGAGAUGUCUAUGACCCUGCUGAGGGAGUCCACCUCGGCCUCGCCUGUGAACACCCUCACCCCUUCCUCCACCUGCCCCUCGCUGGUGGAGGGGUGCUACAGCAACACCGAGCUCAGACCCCCUGCCCCCCGCUCUCGGGCCCCCAGCCCGGACCCCCAGCUGGCAGGGGAGGCCAGGAAGGCCCAGCAGGGGGUGGCGGAGGCCAAGCCCAGGAUACGCCGCUUCGUACCGGACAUCCAGGAGAUCCGCGUCAGCCCCAUCGUGUCUAAGAAGGGCUACCUCCACUUCCUGGAGCCCAACACCAGCGGCUGGGUGAAGCGCUAUGUGGUCGUGCGCCGUCCCUACGUCUACAUCUACAACUCUGAGCGGGACAGCGUGGAGCGCGCCAUCCUCAACCUCUCCUCCGCCCAGGUGGAAUACAGCGAGGACCAGCAGGCCAUGCUCAAGAGCCCCAACACGUUUGCCGUGUGUACAGAGCACCGAGGCAUCCUGCUGCAGGCCAACAAUGACAAGGACAUGCAGGACUGGCUGUACGCCUUCAACCCCCUGCUGGCCGGGACCAUCAGAUCAAAGCUGUCCAGAAGAAGAGCAGGGCUGAGCAGGAUGUGAUCGUCAGCAGAACGCAUCCUCAGAGAAGAUCUGGAACACAGAGACUGACCUGUACUGUACAUAGAUCUCUGACACUGUACCUAGUUAACGUUCCCAACACCCCCUCCCAACCCUAGCCCCACACACCACACCCCGCACACGCUCAGUUGAUCACCAGGGUGCAGGGCACCAGUUUCCUCCUGGCUGGAACGCCACAGUUGUUGUGUCGGAUUUGUGCUGCGAUGUGACAGGCCUCUACCAGACAUCCCCACAAGAGAAACAGAUAGAAUGAAAGAAAGAGAGGGAGAGAAAAAGAGAGAGAAAUGGAGGAAUAAUUAGGUGUUCCUUGUUUAAAAAAGGCUAAACAUAGUAAACCGUAAUGUAGAUGUCAAGAACACAUUUAGCUUGAAACUAGCUUGAAAUCUCCUCAGAGAACAAAAACAAACAAACCAUGAUAGUAAAAUGUAAAGAGUAAAUAAAUGUCAACAUGAAUCACAUUAAUACAUUUUCACGUCUACUGAACAGAUAGGUGGUUUUUGGAUCACAAUGCUGCUCUUAUGAUCCUAUACACUUAUAUUGGACUGCUGCACAAAGCUACGUUAAACAGGUCCAUUCAAACACAUCUUGUUGAGAUAGCUUUAGCUUGGCUGGUAAUCAGUGCUGUAGACAGUCUCUCUAGUCUCUCAUCUCUACGGCAGUCUCAGCUGUUGGCUAGCGAGCCCUGGAGCUCAUCUAACAGUACUGAUACAAUAAUCCUGCGGCCAUCUUGAGUUGCUAUGAGUGGUCAAUCCUUGCAGCCAUGGCAACAUGACCGAGAAAGGCAGGUGUCAAACGGUCACACAACCCUCUGGCGUUUUGGUGAAGCCAGUUCCUGCUACUUCCUCCUGUAGCUGCCUGGGAGUUGUAGUUUUGACCGCUGUAGUUCUGACCACUUCCUGUAAUCUGCUAUCAGACUAACAUUUCUGAAGAUCCUCCGAAAUUUUAUCCUUACCGUCUUUCCUGACUUUCCUUUUUAUUAAGAUGUGAGAUAUUUACA